GCGGGGGUUGUUUUUACCCAGGCCACGGUGCCUGGCGUUCUGCAGGAGCUGCUUCGCGUGGAGACGUGAGGUGGUGCGGACAGGGUCUCUCGCGGCGCAAGGGAACCAGGACGACCGGAGGGGAGCAGGGAGCGGGCGAGCGAGCCCAUAGCCAUCAGCCCCCGCAAUGUCAGCGCAAUGCUGUGCAGGCCAGUUGGCCUGCUGCUGUGGGUCUGCUGGCUGCUCCCUCUGCUGUGGCUGCUGCCCCAAAAUCCGGCAGUCGCGGAGCACGCGCGUCAUGUAUGCGCUCUACUUCAUUCUAGUCGCCGUCCUCUGCUGCAUCAUGAUGUCAGAAACUGUGGCUAAUGAGAUGAAAGAGCACAUUCCUUUUUUCGAAGAUAUUUGUAAAGGCAUUAAAGCUGGUGACACCUGUGAGAAGCUGGUGGGUUAUUCUGCGGUGUAUAGAGUCUGUUUUGGAAUGGCCUGUUUCUUUUUUAUCUUCUGCCUCCUGACCUUCAAUAUCAACAACAGCAAAAGCUGUAGAGCCCAUAUUCACAAUGGAUUUUGGUUCUUUAAACUUCUGCUGUUGGGGGCCAUGUGCUCGGGAGCUUUCUUCAUUCCAGAUCAGGAGACCUUUCUGAAUGCCUGGCGCUAUGUGGGCGCCAUCGGAGGCUUCUUCUUUAUAGGCAUCCAGCUUAUCCUGCUUGUGGAGUUUGCACAUAAAUGGAACAAGAACUGGACUGCAGGCACAGCCCACAACAAGCUGUGGUACGCCUCUCUGGCCCUGGUGACACUCAUCAUGUACUCCGUUGCCACUGGAGGCUUGAUUUUGAUGGCAGUGUUUUAUACACAGAACAAUGGCUGCCUGGAAAACAAAAUUCUCCUAGGGAUAAAUGGAGGCUUAUGCCUGCUUAUUUCAGUGGUAGCCAUCUCUCCCUGUGUCCAGAAUCGGCAGCCACACUCUGGGUUGCUGCAGUCAGGUCUCAUAAGCUGCUAUGUGACCUAUCUCACUUUCUCAGCUCUGUCCAGCAAACCUGUAGAAGUGGUUCUAGAUGAACAUGGGAAGAACGUUACCAUCUGUGUGCCUGACUUUGGUCAAGACCUGUACAGAGACAAAAACUUGGUUACUGGCCUGGGCACCACUCUCUUGUUUGUGUGCAUCUUAUAUUCAUGUUUGACAUCGACGACAAGGUCAAGUUCUGAUGCUCUGCAGGGACGAUAUGCAGCUCCUGAACUGGAAGUUGCUCGGUGCUGUUUUUGCUUCGGCCCCAAUGGAGAGGACAUUGAAGAGCAGCAGAACAUGAAGGAGGGACCAAGGGUCAUUUACGAUGAGAAGAGAAGCACUGUCUAUAGCUAUUCCUAUUUCCACUUCGUUUUCUUCUUGGCUUCCCUCUAUGUGAUGAUGACUGUCACCAGCUGGUUCAACUAUGAAAGUGCCAACAUUGAAACCUUCUUCAGUGGGAGCUGGUCUAUCUUCUGGGUCAAGAUGACCUCCUGUUGGAUUUGUGUGCUGUUGUACCUGUGGACACUGGUUGCUCCACUCUGCUGUCCCUCCCGGCAGUUCUCCGUGUGAGGAUCUGAGCAGACCCCUUGGUUCAGCAGGCCUGGAGGCUGCACAGGGUGGCCUUUGAACAAGUGGCCCAGGGAUCUGAGCAGUAAUUGGUGCUUUGUGCAAAGCCAGCAUCCCCUGGCUCACUUGAGUGGAUCUGAAAAGGCUUUUUAAUUCUGAAAUUCAAAGAGCAUACCAAUUUAUCUCAGAAGAAUUGAAAUUUUAAUCAAACUGAUCCUGAGAGAUAAUACAUUUUAUAUGUGUCUUACCCCUAAGAACUGGAAUAAUAGGCUAGAAUUUUCUGUCUGCAUGUUUUUACCAAAACAGAGUUUGGGCAUGCCAUCUUAGCAUAAAAACUUACCUUUUGUGGUCUGUUAUUCUUACCCUUGGAAUAGAAGAACACACCAAAAUCAUGAGCCCCCUCAGCCCCUGAGAGAGUGCAGGCUCCUCAUCUUCAAUGGGCUCUGUGGACAGCCCUCAGCCUGCAGGACCCCGCUCACAGUUCCUUGGUAUUUAUAGGGUACAGCAGGAAGCACCUGCUUUCUACUCUAUCCUGUGCUAUUUCCUCCUGGCCCCAAACAUUUCCCUUAGAAGCUGUGGUGCUGGGAGUCACAGACUUCACUUUCUGCCCUUGCCCUUCCCAAAGGUCCCCUCACCCUUCCUGGGUUCGGCACCUUUGCAAUGUGAAAAAGCACAAUUUGCCAUCCACCCGUGUGGUCCUCCACUGUAUUAUCACUACCUGUCUGACUGACUGCGAUAAUCAUGACUCUUCUUUGUGGUAUAAUUCAUAUGAUUAUAGAAUAGUAUUCGUGUUGUGUCCUUUGCCUAAGCAGUGGAGGGCUAUAGUUCUUACUUGUUUGUGUAGUAGAUUAUAAUUAAUACUUCAGGACCUUGCCUGAAAAGCUGCUUCUUGACUGAAGCCUGCUGCAUCCUUCUUUCAGUUAUUAAAGACAGCCAGUUUCUCUCCCACCUCGAGGCCUUCAAAAUUAUAAAAGCAGAAGGGCUUUUGUUUUCCAGAUCUGUAAUGUGACCACACUGCUGAUGUCCGUUAUGGUUUUUUGGAGUAGAUUUGCGAGGUGAGGAUUCCCAGCAGCUCUGAAACAGCGCUGACCAGAUAAGGCCUAUUAUACAAGUUGUAAAUAUGGCCAAAUAGUACUUGCAGGAGAAGGUGGGUGGUGGGGCUAUUUAAUUAAGCCAUAAAAAAUCAUCCACAGAAACUUUCUAAAUAUAUGUUGUAAACUGUAACAUUCAUAAUAGAUUUGACUUUAGGUGGCUGCCCAAGAAGAUACCCAUUUUCAGUGUUGAGGUUCUCUGUCAGGAAGAAUUCUCUCAGUGGAAAGUCCAUUAGAGCUCGCAGUGGACACAGUGGUGGGGAUGCUCCUGUUUGUAUUUCAUGCAGGAUGCAAAGAAUCCUCCCUAGCUCCCUGGCAACGGUGGUGUGAGAAUGAAAAGACCUGGCCCGCACUGUCUGUGCCCUACUGAAUGGGUUGGGCAGAAUUGGGUCCCACCUAAGCUGGGCUGCAGUGUGCCAAAAUGCUGGUGUGGGGAGGUCAAAUUCUUCAUUCUUUCAUUCUUGGAAGGACCCAAGAAAACAAAGGGAGGACGAUAAAUAAAAUGGACGAAUUCCUCUAGGAACUUGCCUUAUUUAUAACGUUUGUGAUUCCUUUUAAAAGGCACUCACUCAUUUUGUGUCUGCGUGAAAGCUUUUGUUUUGUAAACUUCAUCAAAUUGCUUUUUUGAGGCCAGGAGCUCUUGGAGCUCUGCAGUUGAAAGAUCACUGGAGUCCCAGGAUGAAUAGCCGCCACUCAGCCUGUUCAGCCUGUGCGUGUGGGAGCCCUGCAGGUCAGCCAACUGGGUGAGGGGAUGGGGAUGUGUGGGCAGGGGCCCCUGCAGCGGCUGGAGUGGGGCCGGGGGCUCUGGAUAAGCUGAGAUUGGCUUUAGGAAAGACCCAAGGAGAGACCGAUCAAGAGCCAGGAUGGUAUUAGUAACUAGCUUCAUGUUUGGCCUCAGCAGCCAGCUGUGUGGCUUUUAGGACUGGACCCAGGUCAAGAUCUAACCGACAAGGCUGUGUUCCAUGGCUGCCCUUUGUUGGUGCCCUGCCCCUGUAGAACGAAGCUCAGGGAAGCAUCCAGGAGAUUGUUCAUGCCAGUAGCAGGGCCCUCAGAGCCUCCAUUUCAGCCCACCCAGUUUCCAAGCUGCGUAAGUCAUAGUUUGGGGCCUUAAGUUCCUUUGUGGAAUUUGGUCUGACAUAAGAGGAAGAGUUACAGUCACUCAUUUUUAUUCUCAAAAUUGAAUCUGAAUGAUGGAAAGAGAUGUGGUUAUACUCUGAGGACUAAGGGCAUAUACAUAAGUUGACUUCAAUGAUUAUUAUAAUAAACAAUACUCAGGUGAUGAGUCAACUUUCACAGGUUUAAAGAACCUACAUUUUUGUUCUAUUGUGAUUUAAGAAACUGGAAAUAUGGUGCCAACUGCUUUGAGUUGCUCUAAUGACAGUGUUCCCAUAAUACAUUGACGGAUACCUUUGUUAAACAAUAGUUUUGUGCUUCCUAUAACUUUUCAUACAUGAUUUAAAAAGUGCAUUCCCAGAAGCUGCUGGUCAGACUCCUUAGCAUGGAAGCUGAAGAUUUUUUAAAACUGUGUGUAUAUUUCCCCUGUGCUUUUCAUCUGAUUUGGAAAUUCCGCCCCACCACCCCCUUCAUUUUCAUGAGUAAAAACACUAAGGGCUUCUUUUGGGAGAACUGCCAUAUAUACCUAGACGUGUCACCUGGCUGAAGCCCAGAGACUUUUCUAUGAAAAUCUUUCAGAAACCCUAUUUUGUCCCUACUCCUGGGUUUAGUUUUCAUAAUACUGGUUAGUUUUGCUUUUGUCCUCAGAGUGUCUUGGGAGGUGGCUUGGAGGAAUUGUUCGCCAGAGGUACUUGGAGCUCUUUUGUAGAGUAGUUGGACUGUGUGCAGGUGGGCUGGUGAAGCCCCUGGGACUUGAGGUUCUGGAGCCUGUCAGGAGUGGCCUGAAGGGGACUCCCACACCACAUGGUUUAUUUCCAGUUCCUCUGAGGUGCCUUCAUUGCGGAUGACCCCCGUGUACUGUUCAUUCCCCAUCCCCACCCACGUAGUCACCCUCUGCCUACUUAAGAUUCCGUAAGUACUUAAUUUUAGCCAGAAGUUUAUCACUGCUGGUGCUUCAUGUUACCCUGCAGAGGGUCCUGUAUUUAACGGCCCUGGCAUUUUCCUUUCUUGACGGCCUUUCUAAGUAGCAUCUUGUUUUGGUGUAUAUUCACAUCCUACUCCUCCUGUUAGAAACGAAAGAGGGUUUAACGUGCAGCUAAGAAAGUUGUGACCUUAGGCUAAGACCCUGCAUAUCCAGAAAGAACACUGGGCCCGUCUUAAUCAGGGACAGGGCAGUAGCCACUUGGCUCAUGGAAUUCUCUGUAGGAUAAUAGCCUCCUUAGUUUGCUAAUAGACUAAUAACUCCCUAUGGCUUUGUUCUUAAGGCCGCCAUGUUUCCCACCAUCUUUAAUAUGUUUGUAAAGCCUCAGACUUGAAUCUAGUGUCACAUUUCAGGCAGAGAUAGGCUUUCUAAUGUUGGACCGACCUACUUCACAGAACCAGAGAGCUGUUUACAUAAUCUUCUGAAUUAAACAUUUGUCUCUCUCCCUCUUUUUUCAUCUUCCUAAGUAAACCAUUUGCAGAGGCAUUCUUUUUGAAAGGGGGAAAUAUUUGGCUUUUACCAAAGAGGUUUGUUUGUUUGUUUUAAUCAAAAUCCUUUCAAAAAAAGCUUAAUUGGGGUAGGGUAGAUUAAGAAUGCGUAUGUCCAAAUCCAAUUCUAUAGGAGUUUAAUCAUAUUUAUAUGAGCAAGAUGGAGAGUUCUUUAAUCCUUUGAAAUGAAGGAUCCUGGGAAAUUCUCAGAUAAAGAAAGUUUCCAGCAGAUGUGUAAUAUAUGUCUUGAGAGUUAUUUAUAAGAAAUUUAAGAGAAUUUUUUUCUUUUCCUUUAUUAAAGAUUUUAAGUUCUUUUUUACUUUGCAAAAAACUCUACAAAAGUUUUUUAGUCAUAACUUUGUCAAAUUUUUUAACUUUCCUGAAACGGUUAGCUAUAGCCAAAUUAUAUGGUUCUGUUUUGCUAUAUGAGAGUUUGAAAAUGUAAUGUGUGUAGUAAAUCUACUGUUGGAAAUUUAUAAUGGUCUUGAAUAUGGUUAGAGUUUUGAUAACUUUUAAAAUAGGUAUUUUUUUCCCUUUAGUCAUAAAGGCAACUGUGGGUUUAUAUUCAUUUCUUGAAUGCUAAUUUUUCUAUGAAGCAUCUGAACUUGAGCAGUCUUUUUCCUAUGUAGAACACUCAAAACUUGUUAACUCUGUACUUAAUAAAAUUUAAAAUUAAAAGCUG